GGCGGCGGCGGCGGUGGAUUUGGAGGCAAUGGAGAGAUCACUGUGCCAAAGAAAUGCGUUGGAGUCAUCAUUGGCAAGAAAGGCGACAUGAUAAAGAAAAUACAGGAAGACUCGGGAGCUCGAGUGCAGUUCAGACCAGACGAAGGUGACCCUCACGAAAGGAUUUGCACUGUGGCUGGGCCAGAUGAUAAGGUUGCCGUGGCUACCAAGAUGAUAAAUGAGCUCAUUCGACAAGCUCAAGAUAGGAAUAACGAACGAGAUGGAGGUCGAGGUGGUCGAGGAGGUCUUGGGGGACGAGGAGGUUGUGGGAGAUUUGGUGACCGUGGGGGUAGCAGGUUUGAUGACUUUGGCGGUGACCAAGGCAACUUUGGCGGUGGUGGUAGAGAUGCGGGUGGUAGAGACAGAGGAGAUUAUGAGGAAGAAGCUUCAAUCAGUGUGCCUGGAGAUAAAUGUGGAUUAGUCAUUGGAAGAGGUGGGGACUCCAUCAAAGAGAUCAAAGAUACUUCAGGGGCUCAUGUACAACUCUUACGAUACCCAGGACCCAACCCUGAUGAGAAAACUUUCCAAAUUAAAGGCACUCGGAGUCAAAUACAGCAAGCAAUGCGACUUAUCAGCGAAAAAGCAGGCAUUCACCAAGGAGGCAACGGUGGAGGUGGUGGUGGUCCAGGACCAGGAGGCCCCCCAGGGGGUUUUGAUGGUGGAUUUGGAGGGCCUGGACCUCAAGGAGGUCCUGGCGGACCCCCACAGUAUGCUCCCCAAGGAUGGGGAAACACAUUCAACGCUCCGCAACAUAUGAACCCCCCUAAUAAACAAGCUGCAGAUGCAUGGGCCGCUUACUACGCUCAAUACUACAACCAGGGAGGUCAACAGCAACAGAACAGACCCCAACAACCUCAGCAACAACAGUCUACUCCUGCACCCUCUGUGAAUCCAGCUACUGGCCAAGCCGACUACAGCGCUGCCUGGGCAGAGUACUACAGGAGUCAGGGACUACAUCAAGAGGCACAGCAGGUGUAUCAACAGGCAGCACAGCAGCAACAGCAACAACCCCAGCCCCCACAGCAGUAACACCCAUACAGACCACACACACAGAUCCUCUUGUAUAUAAGGUUGAUGUCGCUUCAUAGAGUUAACAAUGUGACUUUGCAUCUGUAAAUACCAUAGUCGGUUUCCAUAGUUACCAUAUAUAUACAUACAUGUACUACUACACUACACAUGCUAUCAUAUAUUGCAUAUAUACUAUACAUGUUAUAUAUUGCUUCAUCUCAUUCUAUGCUGUGUAUACUGUAUGAUGUUAAACUGUAUAUGAUAUGAUAUAAUCUAUCACCCUACUGCGUAUUGAUUCCAUGUAUAACCAUAACCACUGAUGCUAUAUGAUGAUGCUUUAAUCGUAAAGACAGUUCUCUAAGCUGAUAGAGAUACCUAUGCCAACGAUUAUCCGACAAGUUUGGAAGUUUGUGGGUAAUAUCUCGUGAUGUUGAUCAAUUCACUGAUGCUGUUCUGUACGAUAUAUGAUAUAUAAAUGUUUCCUUGUUCAGGUUUAAAUGAACUGUAUUAUAUAUAACUAACAACAGUGAACCAAGGAGUUGCUAUUUCCUCGAUCUGUUUGCAUUUUUAAAUCAUGUUUGUGUCAUUAGAUGACCAUAUAAUUAAUAUACAUAACAGAAAAUAGUGUACGAGCAGAAGUGUGGAAGGAUGUAUGCCAUUUUUAGCUAGAAUAGUAAUGUUUUGAGUAUGCUAUGCGGGUACCUUGCAAAUGAACAAUAUGUAUAUACAACAGGAUAAGAGUACCGUAACUGUACAUUUAUGUAGUAAAUAAUUUUCUGGUGAUUUGUGAAGGGAAAACGGAAAAGUAUUACAAUAUGUUGAUAUUUAUACUUGUAUGUAGACUAUUAUACUUUGACUCAAUUGUAUUGUUGAUAUCAUUUUAUGUGCAUAUUUAUAUCAAGUUGAAACAGGUUUAAGGGAUAUGUACUGAUCACUUCAGGAUUUUAAACAGUACUUUCCAGGCAUCCUCCUUGUUAACUUGUGACGAAUGUUCUACUUAGUUAUGUGAUUCAAUAACAUCACAUCACAUGUAUUUUUAUUAUACGAUUAUGCAGUUGUUUUAUGUAUUAUGUUAAUGGUUCACUGGUUACCUAAAGAAAUGCUACCAGUGAACAUUAUUUUCACAAUGUUGCCAUGUUCUUUUAGUUCUCUGUAUAAAAUUAGAUCUUUAAUAAAUGUCUCAAAUGUGUAAAAAAUACUUCGAUUAUUGUGUAUUUCUUUGGGCAGCCAUUGAACAGAUUGUGUAUUUUCUGGCAAAUUACUUUGUGGCUGUUCAUGAUAUAUGAUAUGAAUUCAAGUUGUGGUUUGUCAUGAUGUUUUCAGAUCUAAUCGGCUCAACGUCCAGUUUCAUUCUCUACUAGUCUACCUGGCUCCGUAAAGUGAUUAUAUAACUCCAAUUGCUGAUUGUUUGCCUUUUGCAUGUGACAUGCUCUCCUAUGAAUAUAUACACUGAAAUUGUUUAUUCUUGUUGCCACUGUUCUAUGAAUAUACACUGAAAUUGUUUAUUCUUGUUGCCACUGUU